GUCAACUUCCAACUGAAAAGUCAAAGGAAAAUUGCCCCCAAGGUUUGAAAAAUCAAGAGGAAUUUUCUUUCCCGCGUCUUUCUGGACUUAAUAUUCUUCUCAACAAAACUGUAUAAAUAAAAUACAAAUGAGUUCAUUUAUUUCACAAAACAAACAAAAAAUGCCUUCUUCAUCAGAAUCCAAUUUAGCCACCGCAAAGGCCAUACUCUCCGCCGUGGGCUCCAUCGCCGCCACGGCCAUGGUGGUGCGCAGUGUCGCUAGCGAUAUCCUCCCCCGCGAACUCCACAACCACAUUUUCUCAUUCAUCCAAAAUUUCUUCAGCCGAUUCUCCAACCAACUAACCCUCGUGAUCGACGAAUUCGACGGGAUAGUCAAAAACGAAAUCUACGAAUCCGCCGAAAUCUACCUCGGCCCGAAAACCGGCCCGAAAUCCCGCCGCCUCAAAAUCAGCAAGCCCGAAAAGGAAAAGCACUACAAAAUCACCACCGAACGCGACCAAGAAAUCGUGGACACGUUCAGCAACGAAAAAUUCAAGUGGAUUUCCUCCAGCAGCGUCAACGAAGCCAGAAAUUUCCACGAAGUCGGAAACCCGAUUUUUCGAUACGAAAACAAGUCAUUCGAGCUCACAUUCCACAAGAGAAACAAAGAUUUGGUCCUGAACUCGUACUUGCCCUACAUUAAAACCGUCGCGAAAAACAAGAAACAGGAGAAGAAAACCGUCAAGAUAUUAACCAUCGGAGAUUUAUACAGUUCCGACGGUUCAUGGACACCCGCGACACUCGAUCACCCGUCGACUUUCGAAACUCUGGCAAUGGAUUCCGAUAAAAAAGAGAUGAUCUUGGAGGAUCUCGAGAGGUUUGUUCGGAGGAAAGAUUAUUACAGGAAAGUGGGGAAGGCUUGGAAAAGAGGGUAUUUGCUGUAUGGUCCUCCGGGGACCGGAAAAUCGAGCUUGAUUGCUGCAAUGGCGAAUUAUUUGAAUUUCGAUAUUUAUGAUUUGGAGCUGAGUGAUUUGAGGAGUAAUAAUGAGUUGAAGAAAGUGCUUCUUAGCACAGCCAAUAAUUCUAUUUUGGUGGUUGAAGAUAUUGAUCGCACCAUUGAUUUCCAGAGUAGGCAACCCAAUGCAUCUGAUGAAAACCAGGUGACACUAUCGGGUUUAUUGAACUUUAUCGAUGGAUUAUGGUCAAGUUGUGGCGACGAGAGAAUCAUAAUAUUCACGACGAAUCACGUAGAAAAGCUGGAUCCAGCAUUGCUUCGCCCGGGUCGAAUGGACGUGCACAUAAACAUGUCGUAUUGCACCUUUUGUGGAUUCAAAUUAUUGGCAUCUAAUUAUCUUGGAAUCAAUAAUCAUAUUCUUUUCGAAAAAAUCGAGGGCUCGGUCGGAAUUGCUAAAGUCACACCGGCUGAAGUUGCCGAGCAGCUUCUCAAGAAUGACGAUCCUAAUGUUUCUCUUCGAGGGUUGAUUAAUUUUAUUCAUAACAAGAUUAAAGAAAAUGAAGAAGCUGAAGCUGAAGCUGUAAAGGCAAAAGCAGAAUCUGAUGAAAAGCUAAAAGUUGAAUCUGAAGUGGUUUAAGGCUUUUUUUGUUUUUUGAUAAUCUUAUUCAUAGUUCAUACGAAUUAAUCUGAACUGAAUUUUCAUCCUGCAAAAUCAAAUUAUUUUAUUGUUUUUUUUUUUUUGAA